UAUGAAUGCAGUGCUUUUUUCAGAGAAACAAAAUUUUUCGAUUCAUCUUUCGCCUACCUUGUUGUCAGUUAUUCGCUUUCGUCGAGUUGACCAAGUUUUAACUUUCCGCUUCGUUUUCAUUUAUCAAGAAAUAUUUGCACGAAACGAUGCCGAGCUAUUCCUCCGUCUCUUCGGGUAGGGACCGGGGGUCUCCGUGCAGUAGCUGCUCCGGUCCCUUCGCUCGCCGUUUGUUUCUUACGUUCGGGUUCGUCUUUGUUUGCUUUUACUUCGCGUUGAAACGACUGCACGCUCCGCCGAUAAGAAUGUAUUCCGUCGGAAACAAGUUCUCGAGGACGCCUGUGGCAGAAGCAGCUUCGCCAGUAACCAGUUCCGCAAGCAGAAAAAAUAGCAGCAGGAACAACCAGGGAGAAUACUUUGACUUGUUGUCUUGGAUCUUUGGCAGGAGUCCUUCACCCUCCAGUUCCAGUUCGAGUGCUACGCCAACCUCUAGUUCUACCACCGUCCCAUCUGCUCCAUCAACGUCCGAUGCGAAAGCUCGGGAGCAAACGAACCCUGCUUCUGCAACUGGUAUCGACGAGCGAAAAAACUGUAAGCUUUAAGCACUGCGGAUGAACUCACUGCAUUUAUUUUUUUAGUUCUUCCAGCAGCUGCACAUGUGUGUACUGCACAAAUUUUGCGCUCAGCAUCAGCACGAUAAAGAAAAAAGAGAACUUCAGGAGGUUCUGGCGGCGCCACCUUGAAUGCAUUAGCGUCAUGCGCUAAAGUCACAGAGAAAACGAAAAGCGUUUUCCAACAUUGCGAAUUUGUGAUUGAUUGCAACACGGUGGACGUCGGAAGCGGAACCGUUACAACUGCAACUGCACUCACAUGAGUUCUUGAGACCGAUACAUAAUGCAUACAGUUUUUCCGCACAAUCUAGCCCGGUGCAGCAGCAGGAGGCACGGUCGUAUCUUCUGGAGGCGCGACGUCUACGUUUCCGUCCACCGGAGCGUCCACGGGAGUACCCCCGAAUUCCGCGAGGUUUACGCUCCACUUGUUCGCCCUCGGGGAGUACGAGCUGGUGUCUCCGGGGCACGUAUCGCUGAAACCCUACAUGCGGCUGAACCUGGAGUCUUGGCGGCAGCACCUGCGGGUAAUCGCCCCCGGCGGACCGGCGGCCGGCGAUACUAAAGAUCACCCAGCGCCGUCGGAAAGGAAAGUGGUGCACUUUAUCGAGCCGAAGAUCGUGUUGCUGAACAACCAGAAUGUGCGGAAAUGGAUCAAGGACGUUCCGGACGAGUACUUUCGGCUGCCGUACAGCGCCGCGAAGUCCGACGCGGUGCGGUACGCGGUGUUGCACCACAACGGUGGGAUCUACCUCGAUACGGACAUCCUGAUGCAGCGCGACGUGCAUCCGAAGAUACUGUUCAGUCUGCUGCUCACCGGCGGCGCGGACCCUGCCUUUGACAAGUCCGUGCAGGACGCCUACCAGGAGUUUGUGAUGCUAACAGGAGGACCUUCUGCAGCUGCUACUUCCACCUCGUCCGCAAAUGAUCCUUCCGGGGUUCUUGGUUCGUCCUUGACCCCGGUGGAGAUGCUGAGCUACGAGGGCGACGGGCAGAACUGCCUGCGCGGCUGGUACAGCAGUAAUUUUCUGGGGUCCUCCAAGGGCAGCGAGUACAUGGACGAGGUGUGGCGGCGGCAGAAGAAGGCACUGACCACGCACUGCAAAGAAAUGAAGGAGCUGAAGGAGGAGAAAAUUUGCUGCAUGGCCAACCCGAAGGUGGAAUGCCACAUCCCCUGGACGCAGCUGGGCGAGGGCAUCUCGCACAAGGUGGGCUUCAAGAUCGCGCAACCACGAGGACCCUCGUCCAGCACAGGUGCGGCCAGUGGCGAAGGAGACCAGCUUCCUGGAGCUAGCAACAAGGAGAAAAACCAGCUGGCCGCCUACGUGGGGGCCGCGAAGGUGAAUCCGGUGAUGGGGUACAAAACCGGCACACACGAGCAGCAGCUACUGGCGCUUCCCGUCGGAAGCUCCGGUCUGAAGGAGUUCUAUGUUAGUGCCGGAGAAGCAAGAUCAGGAAAAACGACUGCCAACGUCGUCAUAUGCUACAACCUAUGCCUUGCGUAAAAAUUGUAGCAUGCACCACGACUGUCACGGUGGACACAUAGCAGCGAUGUCCAACAUGAUUGCAACUCCAUCUACUGCAUGGGUCAACAUUUCUAUUGAAAGAUUGAAAUUUUUGUUCGUGCUAUAUAGACUUUCGUGCUCCCAACCGAGAUGUUCAGCGUAAAACAGCGAGCUGUGUUUUUGAUGAUUCGAUUGGUGCAUCUAUCAAAUAGUUUUGCGCAGCAUACAGAGUGCCGGAAAACUUCGUGCCGAUACCGCCGGAAACGUAUUAUCUGUCCGUCAUGAACGCUGCCUACUGGAAUCCGAAGGUAGGGCGCCUGAAAGAUCCACACCCGCUGUUACGUACCGCCUACCACAUGUUCAACUCGAAUGCGGGGCACGGGUCCAAGACGUGUGCGAAGCUUCUCGACCGCGAGGCGGUCAUGGGGCAGCUCUACAGGCAGGCGCUUCUAUGCAAGACAACUUCAGGAGUUGUGCCCCCACCACCGCACUUGUAUUCCAUAACGACCACAAGCGACACACAAUUGGAUGACGUUACAGAGCGGAUUGGAAAGACAAAUCCAAGUAAACGAGAAUUGAGUUCAAUUAAUUCGUUGUCUUCUGUCGGUUUCUACUUUUGGACAUUGGCCUGACGGAAGCUGCCUUGGAGAUUAAUUUCGGUAUCCGG